AAACAGACGAAUCUGGAUGAAAAGGCGCUCUCCAAACUCAGCACAAAGGCCAGUCUGAAGAAGUUCCUGGAUUACAUUCAGACUGGAGCAAUAGAGAAAAUGGCAAAAGUCCUCGAUAAAGGUCUUGAUCCAAAUUUUCAUGACCCUGACAAUGGAGAGACCCCGCUCUCUGUGGCCAUGCAGUCAGGCCUGCAGGUGGAAGGCAUCAGGUUGCUGGUUCAGGGCGGUGCUCAUUUGGACUUUAGGAGCAGAGAUGGCUUCACGCCGGUGCACAAAGCUGUUAGGGCUCACAAUCACACUGGGCUGCUGGCUCUCUUGUCCCUCGGAGCAUCUCCAAACUACAAAGACCUCUGUGGCCUGACCCCGCUGUACCACACUGUACUGACAGGAGGCGACACCUCCUGCUGCGAGACCUUGCUGUAUUACAGGGCCAGGCUGGGGACGAGGGACGAGAACGGCUGGGACGAGUCCCAUCAGCACAGGGAUGAAGAGGAGUUUGGAAUGGAAGAAAUACAUAAGGCUUGCCAGAAUGGCUUUGCCCAGCAUUUGGAGCAUCUGCUGUUUUAUGGGGCAGACACCUCUUCUCAAAAUGCCUCAGGGAAUACUGCACUUCACAUUUCUGCCCUGUACAACAAGGAAAGCUGUAUCCGCGUUCUUCUGUACAGGGGAGCAAACAGGGAGGCAAAGAACAAGCAUGGUCAGACCCCUUUUCAGCUAGCUAUAAUGUCUGGUCACUUUGAACUCGGGGAAAUCAUCAAAAACCACAAAGAUUCUGACGUAGUGCCCUUUUUGGAAUCGCCAAAGUAUGUACCCAAGCGAAAAGAGAGCGCCCACACUCUGCCUCUCCCCUCACUUCAUUCCCACCCCCUACUGCGCGCUAACAGCGAUAACUCCAUGACCCAGUCUGACCCUCUGGCCCUACCCAUCAAGGCUGCAACCAAUCCCAACCCGGGACAGGGCCAGCGCAGGGCCUCCAUUGGCGUGAGAAGCUCCAGCAGCCCCAGAACUCGUACCCGCUCCCCAUCCAGAGGGAGAGGAGGCCAAAGUGACACAGAGGAGAGGCACCGGCAGCCAAGAGGCAGACAGGGUGCAACCUCAACGAGUAGUGGGGGAGGUCAGAUGAAGCGUAUGUACAGCGCAGUGCCAGGGCGGGUUUACGUGGCCACUCGUGCCCAUUCUGCUAGUGGAGACCGAGAGCUCUCACUUAACAAAGGCGACAAAGUUAAAGUGUUAAGUGUAGGAGAGGGGGGAUACUGGGAGGGAACAGCAAAAGGUCGCACUGGCUGGUUUCCUUCAGACUGCGUGGAAGAGGUGGCGGCUCUGAGCAAAGACAGUCGACCAGAGACGCGCAGUGAGAAAGCCAAGAGGAAGCUUUUCCGUAACGUCACUGUCGGAGCCUACGAUGGCACUGACGGUCCAAGUGACUACAUCAUUAAGGAGAAGACAGUGCUCCUACAGAAGAAAGACAAUGAGGGCUUUGGCUUUGUGCUUAGGGGAGCCAAAGCUCAGACUCCCAUAGAGGAGUUCACUCCAACGCCAGCGUUCCCCGCGCUGCAGUACCUAGAGUCUGUCGAUGAGGGGGGCGUGGCCUGGAGGGCGGGCCUGAGGAUGGGGGAUUUCCUCAUUGAGGUGAAUGGCCAAAAUGUGGUGAAGGUUGGCCACCGGCAGGUGGUCAACAUGAUCCGACAAGGCGGCAACAGUCUCAUGGUGAAAGUUGUGAUGGUUGCUCGAAACCCUGAACUAGAGGACACUGCUCGGAAGAGAGCCCCACAGCAGACUAAAAGACUGACUCCUCCUGCCAUUGCCCUGCGCUCCAAGUCAAUGACAUCAGAGCUGGAAGACAUGGUGGACAAAGCAUCAUCAUUUCCGUCCCCCCCAUCACCAUCACCAUCACCAUCCCUCUCAUCACAUCCGUGUUCACACCAUCACAUGUGUUUGACUGCCUCUCCAUGGAAAAAGAAAGCAGAAUACGAGUCCUCUCUGGGUCCUGAUAAGAAGAGGACAGUCUAUCAGAUGGCACUAAAUAAACUGGAUGAGAUCUUGGCUGCUGCCCAACACACUAUUACAUCAGACAACCAGGGCCAGAGGGGUCAUGGAGGCAAGAGGGACCGGAGCAAGAGUAUUGUUCCCAACGUCUCCAAUGAGCAACCCUAUGAGCAGCAGUCAUCAGUGAGUAUGGUGCAGCCCGGACCAGGUUUUGGCUACAAUCAAGCUCAUUUUCAACCAGGCCACGCUCAGCAUGCAGUCAUGAUGCGUCAAAAAUCAAUUGGUGUAACAGAGGAGGAAAGGCAGUAUCUUCACCCACCCGCCAUGAAGCUGGCUCGCAGCCUGUCAGUGCCGGGACCAGAGGAAAUCCCCCCACCCCCUAACACAUCUGCCCCAGAACCGCCUUUAUCAGCAGGCCCUCAUCCUGUGAGAGGACCUGCUAUGCCCAUACCCCCUGUAUCUCAAGCCCACUACCAGCUCCAAUCCCAGCCAGGGCAUGCUACUCAAGCAGGCUGGGAGAGGGGAGGGCCUGGUGGGAUGAACCAGCAGGGCAUGGUCCCCACCCUCCGCAGACAGUCUGAAGGACUGUGUAUCCGAGAGCCAGAGGUGCCUAGGAGAGGUGGUGGCAAGAUGGGAGGGUUAAGAAAAGGCUACAGCAGUGCUACACCACCAACAAGUGCUAAGCCUAAGGCCCAGCAAGCGCCGCAACAUCACCCACACGUGGCCAACCGGGAGCAGGGUGGAGGUGUUGGCAGGGGGACAGCCAGGAGGGGUGGUCGAGGAGCUCUGAUGAAGCAGUCAAAAGUGGAAGAUGGGCUGAGACAGCAGCACCGAGGAAAAGGAGUUGCAGCCAAAGAGAAGAGCUCCAUCCCCAUCCCCACCAUCAUUGUCAAAGCGCCCUCCACCAGCAGCAGCGGCCGAAGCAGCCAGGGUAGCAGCGUGGAAGCUGAGCCCCCCCAGGGUGUAGAAGACAACACCUCAGCAGAUACAACCUCAGACAGCCCCAACACCAGUCUACCCUCGCCACUCACCCCCUUGCCACCUCAGCCCCUUUCAUCCACUUCCAUGCCUUCAUCAACUGCUGCCCCGUCGGUUCCCUCGCAGCAAAACCUGGAAAACUUGGAUUACACGUCGACAUACAUUACGACCUUCGGAGGAGGAGGAGCAGGAGGAGGAGGGGCGCGCAGGGAAAGGGAACGUUUCCGAGAUAUGAGAAGAAAGAGUGCUUCUUUCUUCCUCUCAUCUGAGGAGGACAUACAAGGAGAGGCAGGAGGAGGAGCAGGGCAGGGAGGAGGAGCAUUAGGGAUGAGAACUCAGCCUUUACAGGGCUCUCAAAUGGAAGUGCCCACCCCUCGUCUACGGCCUUCCAAGUCUAUAGAUGAGGGCAUGUUUUCUGGAGACAACUAUGUCAACUAUUCCAGCAGCAUGCCCCCAGCCUUUGGCCUGCCUGAGUAUUCUUCCCCUGUCCUCGGUCAGGAUGGCCAGCCCAAGUCAGCUCCCUCAAUGUACGGCAUCCAGGCCACUACUACCUUCAUCCACCCACUUACAGGGAAAGUUCUGGACCCCUCGUCCCCACUUGGCCUGGCCCUCGCUGCCAGAGAGAGGGCCCUAAAGGACGACCGCAGGACACGCAGAGAGGAGAGACACUUUGGCCGGCAGCUGUCCACAGUAGGAACAUUCCCUACCCCUGUUCAGACCCCAACUCCUUCUCUUUUUGCAACCCCUACACAAUCGGCCUACACUUCCCCAGUGUCCGUCCACCUAAGCUCCCCCACCGCCACCACCUCACCUGCAUCUAUGAGCCGGCCACAGUCACCAAGGAUAUUACGUUUGGGAGGAGGAGGUGGGGAGAGGAUGGAGAGAGAAAAGGAGGGAGGACCCAGGGAAGGUCUCAGAGUUCGCUUCUCAGAGGACAGAAGCAGUCAGUAUUCAACCCAGUAUUACCCACAGAGCCCCAGGGAGAGAGAAAGAGAAAAGGAGGUGUAUGACAGCAGGCCUGUUCCACCAAUGCAGCCUCCUCCACCACCGGUUCAACCCGCACCCCGCAGACCUUCCUUUUUGCAGAUGGAUAGCACUCCCAACACCAGCUACAUCCCUCAGUAUACUGUCCCUACAGCCUCUUCACAAACACAUGAAACUAUGGGAGAAGCAGGAGCAGGGGCGGGUGGAGGUCUAGGACUGAUGGUUCUCCCUCCACCAGCUCCCUCAAUAGAUGUAGAUGACGAGUUUGUCUUUGUAGAUCCCUUGCCUCCUCCUAUACAGUUUGCUAAUGGUAAGAAGGAGAGAGUCCAGGAGUGUCCUCAGCAGCAUCAACAACGGAGUCAACACCCUGCCGCUUUUGCACCACCUCCUCCGCCCCCUCUUCCAUCUACCAAGCCCUCAAAUGCACCCCAACCCUCUCCACAGGGUGGUGACUCUGCUGCCUCCAGCCUUACCUCCUACGACAGCGAGGUGGCCAACCUUACACAGUCCGCUCUCUCUCCAUCUUAUCCGUCCGCACAGAUAUUUCCCCCUCCCUCCGCCAACACCACCUCUGCUGCGGCUUUGUCUGCCACGUCACUACACAGACCCCAGCCCAUGUCUCAUUCUCACCCCUAUUACAGCGGCUCUAACGACCCCUCAUUAGGGGGUCACACCCCGGGCCAGGACAGAGGCACAGCCGCCCUCACAGCCACAAUGACCUAUGCUACCACUACCAUGACAGCCACGGCCGCCGCCGCUACCACCACAACCUCGCCGGCGUCUUCUGACUACAGCAUGACCAUGGCCGGGCCCAAGGGUGGCCUGAGCACAGGGGUCAAAGCUGCUGAGCACACUCAUCACCCUACUAUUAUAUCCAAGAGCGGAGACUGGCAAGAUGCUGUGGUGGAUUCUGGGAUUGAGGAGCUGGACAGUCACAGCAGUAGCGACCACCAUUUAGAAAUGCUGGGAUUGAGUGGGCUGAGAGGAGAGAGGGGAGGCAUUGGAGGAGAGGGAGAGAGAGGAGGUGAGCAUCAAGAUCCUUGCACAACCUACUCAGGUGGGCAAACAUUUGAGGUGCACAGCGCCAAACUGGCAAACCCUGUGUUUCCAAAGAUGACUCAUUACAAGGAAGGAGGAGGGAGGGGCAUGCCUGUAGCACUACGUAGGCAGAACAGCACCAACCCUGCUCCUUUGCAUUUGCAGAGACAAACUAACCCAGAAGAUGUCAGGUUAGAUGGAGCGUUUGCAGAUGAAAGGAAGCGCAAGCAGAGUAGAUCCAAAAUGGAGGAUGGCUUCAACACCACUCUGGCUGCCUGCUUAGAGAGGCCCAUGGACACUCGGUCGGUGGGCUGGGUUGAGGUCGGGGAGCAUGAACAAGGUGGAGACGGAGUGCAGAGAGGUGGUAUGGUUUUAGAGGGCCGCAGAAUUCACUCACCUCUUUCAGGUGUGAAGGCGAGCAUCAUCAAUGAGCUGAGCUCCAAGCUGCAACAGAUGAGUAGCAUGAAGAGCAUGGAUGACUGGAGCCACACUCCAAAGUCACCCACCAUGCAUAGGUAUUCGGCAGAUUUCACUGACGUAUUUCACAGCCCCCCUUCUGGCCAUUCCAUCUCGCCAUUACCCACCUCCUCUCCACAGCAUCGUCAGAUCCUGACACCAAAUCUGGCGGCCACCCCGUCUGUCUCCCCUUCCUCUCAAGUCCCAAUUCAGCGCAACUGGACCCGCUCCCCAUCUCCACAGAUUUCUACCUCCCCAGUUCAUUCACAUCCUCCCGUUUCCCCGACCUACUGCCCAUACCCAACGUCACCGAAGCAUCGGUCCAAGAUGCGCAGACAGACUUUUGAUUUUCAGUGCAGUCCCACUAAGGAGAUGCGGUCUUCAGUGUCACGGCGGCGGGCUCCCAGCCCUCUCAUCUAUAGCACUGAACAGCCAAACCCCACCCCUCCCAGGCCUUCCUCUCUCCCCAUCCUUCCCAGUACACCCGUCUACAACAACCCCUUUGACUUCCCCGGGCCCCUCACUCCUCCUUCGCCUGGCCAUCCUCUAGGAGAUCCCUACAAGACUUCAACUCCACCACUGUUCUCUCCAUCUGCUGUGCCAAGUACAAACCCACUACUUGUCUCGCGCUCUCUCUCACCCACCCAUUUUCUCUCUGGAGCCUCCUCCCCCAUGCAUUUGCCCCCCAGCCCAUCCUGCCUCAACUAUCCCCAUCUCACCCCUCCUCCGCCAGCCAAACCCUUUGCCGUCAAGCCCCUGCCCUACUGGACCAAGUACGACGUGGCCGACUGGCUGGCUUACCUAAACCUGGGGGAACACAGAGAGCGUUUUAUAGAUAAUGAGAUAGAUGGAUCGCAUCUGCCUUCGCUCACCAAGGAUGAUUUCUUGGACCUGGGAGUGACACGUGUGGGACACCGAAUGAACAUCGAGAGGGCACUGAAGAAACUCACCGACAGGUGAGGGAGGACUAAUAGACUCUGGGAGACGUAGAGGCAACAGGUUCAAAGGUCAAAAAGGAACACCGGAUGGUGAAGGAAAGUCAAAGUGUCUCAUUCCUUCCAUGCAAGUUAGCUUGGCCAUCCUGUUUCUUCAUUAGAUGAAUAUCGUUUGGUUAUCUGGUUAUCUCAUCUUCCCUCCAUCCCUUUCUCUUUAUUAACCUGUCUUAUCAACCCUAUUUAGUUUGCUCCGUCUUUAUCUCCCAUUCUUAUUCUUUGAUUUGCCCUCCUUCUCUCCCCAGGCGGCUCUCCUCUCCUUUGCAUGUCACUACUUCUCCCCGAGACACAGACUGAGAGAGUGAAGGGGUGAUUCAAAGAUGAAAGAAAGGGAGAGAAACAAAUUGACAAAGAUGGACAAUAACAGAGUUAUGUGCACAGGAAGAACAGUGGACAUCAAUAGGUUGUGUUGAGCUAAGACUAAGGGCUGGAUGUGUGUGUGUGUGGGGGGGGGAGUGUUUUCUUGCAGAUUUGCUACACAUUUAGAGAAUACUGUUGACAUUUGUGCAAUGACUUUUGUUCAACAAAGGGUAUGAGAAAGUUAAGAAUAUAAUGAAAAUGAUGCUCUUCAACUGAAAAUAUACUUUAAAACUUUUGAUGGACAGGCAUUUAAUUAACACACCAUUUUGUGCUGUAAAAGACAAACACAUACAUACACACACUCCUAUUCUCACACACACUGGCAGAUGGAUUCUCACACCAUCUGCUGCUUAGCAGCACUGAGAAAACUUCAGUCUGAGUUCAAAGAAAAAUUGAAAAGUUGCUGCUUAAAGGGUAGACCCCGAUAAAAAACAGUCACAUUCUAACAUCAGUUUUGUAGCUUUAAGCAGAUCAGAGUAUCAAACGGCAAAGUACAGGAGCCAAAGUCAGAAUAUGAGAGAAAAGGUUUUGUUUGUAAAUGUUGAUAGAAGAAAAUGGACAACAAUAGAAUUUUUUUUUUGCCAUAUUCCCCCAAAGGAUGCCCCAAUAAGCUUUGUAUGUAUGUACUUUGCGAGCACUAAAUAAUCUGACAUGUUAAACGGGAUUCACUAUUAAUAGAACCAUAUGUUUUGUACAAAGUGCUGAUUGCAAUCAUUGAUUUCUAACUGGUCAGGGUAUUUAUAACUGUUGAAUUGAAGUUGUGCAUAAUGAGGACGUAUAAGUAUUGAGAAGAUAUUGUUGUGAAAUAGCCUUUUUAUUAUUUUCCUCAUUGUUCUAUAGAAAGGAGAGGAAAUACAUGAGAGGAAGUGAGAAGGGUUUGCACAUAAUUUCAAACUGCAAAUCAUCUUUUUUUAGACUUUACUGGCGUUUAUGGCCAUAGCACAGGUCGAGAUGUAUCCGUCCUCUUUGAUGCCAUAAUGUUGACCGCUCUCUCUCACACAGCAGGUGCAGUGAUCAAAAAGGGCUUUUUACUGCUUCUCUGUCUGCCUGACUUCCUCAACCUUUAGCCUUUGUGAGUCUGUGUGUCUGAUUUUGUGUGUGAGUGUUCGUCAGCCUGCGUAAGUGGCCAAAUGCUUUUCCUGACCUACACCUCUCUGUUUCUAAUGCCUUUUCCAAAACAUAUUUAUAAUAGUCAAAAAACAUUGUUUUUUUUCUCACUAGUUGACAAUCCCGAUAUUUCCCCGUUCCACACAUAACCCUCAAAAAGAAACACUCUGACCCACUUUUCAAAAGGGUUUUUCAGAGGGAUAAAGUAAAUACUGUAUAUGUUGCGUAGAGAUGAACAAGAAUGCCCUGAAUUUUUUAAACAUGCCAGUUUAGCCAUUUCCCUGCAGUGAAUUUAACUGUAAGGCAAAACACAUAAUUUAUAGAUCUAUAUGUAAUUAUGAUGAUGACAAUGAUAACAUAAACAUAUAGUAUAAUAAAGUUAAUAUUAAGUAUGUAAACGUUUUUAAGAAUCUCCGUCUUCCAAAUAGUGUGGACAAAAUCUUUGAAGCUUUGUUUUGUUUAUGUUUCAUUUUGGGUUUCCUGUAAAAUGCUUUCUAUACUGCUCGCCCUGUGGUGACCCCAGUGAAGCUGACACAUGUUAGUUAAUGUGUUUUCUCUCUAUGUGAGUUUAAAUUUAUGACUCUGUUUACUCAUGCUGAGUUGCCUAAAUGCUAUCUCAUGAUGGACUAUUCUGAGAAGUGAAAGGACUGAGCAGUAGUGUAGAAAGCAUUACAUACUAUGAUUUAAAAGAGUAUUUUAGGUCUAGUGAAAUGCAUAAUGAAUAUGACUACAUACAGUAUGAGCAUAA